AUGGCUCAAGAAGUUCUGACAGGAGGAUACUAUCGAUAUACAGAUAUCUGGUUCGAUUGGGCAGAGAACAAUAAAACAUAUCGUCCGCCAUUAAAAGCAAUAUUUGCUCACGAUUCCUUGGUGAGCCCUGACCACCCGUUCCACAUCGAGGGCGUGGAAGGUGCACAGCUGUACAUGGGGCAACUUCUCAACGGGGAGUCGCGUAUUCUCUUCUCCUCGAAACAGGUUGAUUAUGCGCGCUACUGGCUUCACGCCAUGAAGUUUACGGAAGAUUUGAUUCCUCUUCCUUAUUCCAACUGCCUUCUUACUAAGGCUGAUCUCAAAACUGUGUCGCCCGUUGUUUACAAGACUGGUGGCGACAUAAAACUAGCUUCCAAGAAUAUGGAAAAAUUUAACAAGCGUCUCAAGGGCUCAAACCCGCUCUUGAUGUCCCGGCGCCUUGCCUUUGAACGCGUCCGAGCGUUCUGGGGUCAGAAAAAGGGCGUUUGGUGCGCAAUGGAUUUUGAAGGAUGGGAGAGGGAACACACUAUGAUAACCGAAUUUGGGUGGAGCACCAUCCGAUGGGAGAAUGGCGAAGAAGUUGCAGACCAUGGUCAUCUCCAGGUAAAGGAAGCUCUUGGUUAUAGGAAUGGCACAUACGUGGCUGAUAACCGUAUGAAUUAUGACUUUGGCGAAAGUCAAGUUGUCCCGAAAGUACAGCUCCCCAAGUUCAUUCAGAAGAUGAUUCAAGAUUUAGCGGAAUACGGUGUAAUCUUCUUGGUAUUCCAUGAUAACUCCCAGGACCUCAAAUACCUUCAACAAAUCAAAGCUCCGAUAGACGGUUACUCUCAUAUAUUGCCAGAUGCCAUUCCUGAGUCUGGUAUCUAUGUAGUUGACACGGCCGACCUUUUUGGAGGUUUGCUGGGUGAAGAUUCGCCGGGUAACAAGCGUGGUCUCGAGCAAAUGUGCCGCCUUCUUGACGUCCCUACCAAACAUCUUCACAAUGCAGGAAACGAUGCCCAUUACACACUUGCCGCGUUGAAGUCGAUGGCGACAGGAGAUCAACUUGAUACUCAAAGGGAGCAGAGGUGGCCUCAGCAUACUGGUCCUCGUGGAGGUGUGAAAGUUGAAUUUACUCCAGAAGAGGAGGACAGCGACUCCGAUUUCUACUAA